GAAACGAAAGAAAACAAACAGCACGAGGAGGAAGACAUUGAGGCAGGUUCGAGGUUAAGGAAAUUAUGUAAAAACAGAAGAAAAGGAAAACUUACACUUACAUACAUCAAGCUCAGCCUUACGAUGUCCGAAGCAGACCUGCAGCGUCCGAACAUGGCCGUGUCCAGGAUGCCGUGGAUUCCUGCAAAUAUUGGCGACAUGAAGCUGGAAGACUCGGUCUUCUUCAGAGACAUCAUGGCCACAAGGGAGGACAAAGGGCAGCGCGGCCUCAAGCUGCUGUCGCUGCUGCAAAAAACCUUCCCUUAUUACUUGCCCAAAAGGUACCAUCAAAUGGACUGUCCAUCUUUGCUGGAGAAAUCGACUGACGCGCACUGGCUAAACGCAUUCCAUUACUUGAUUUGCACACAAGCUUACGGCAGCCUGUAUACAAAUGCCAUCGAGAAAUUGCUCAGAUCUGAAGAUCGCUCUGACUUUGACGAAACUCCUUUGACUUCGUACUUGUGUCAAGUGACAAAUAAAAUGCUGCAGGGGUCCCUCGACGUGUGCGAGUCAGUCGACGAAAUCCUCUUCGAACCCUGGAUUCUUCUUCAGCUGCCCUUCAACUCCAAGCUCCUGCAGCAGUGGCAUUUCGCUUAUCUGGCCGAGCUGCUUCGAUUUCAGAAGGAAUGUGUCGAUUUUCACUUCAUGACGUUUCCUCCUGAAUUGACAAUAACUGUUAUUGAGCUCCUUAAAUUGGAAUACGAGCUACUAAUAAAUGGCAUCGGUCUCUUCAAAAAAAUGUACACGAUCAUAGUCACGUAUGAUCCGCUCAGACAGACUACCUUUCGAAAUGCAUUGCUUGUCGAGGACUUCAAGAGAAUCAUCGGACGCACUUUAAGUCAACUAAGGUUCAUCACAAGUAAAAAGUGCAAGAAGCUGCUCUAUGACCUGAAGAGGAUGGCUUGGAAUGGCCGGAAUUCUGGAUACGGCAACCGGUACCAAGACUUAAAGGGAGAUUCUCGACAUGCCCAGCUCCUCUCUUUGACUGGAGUCGCUGGAGUGGCGGACAUCAAGCAUGUGUUUGCUUACAAAUUCUGGAGGACAGACCUGGUCAUUGCAGACAGCUUAAAAUCUGGUAAUGUCACCGUAGAAGAUGAGAUGAUAAGUCAUGCCCAAGUCAAGCUGCCCUUUGAAGAGGAAAUUGAGAAGAAAAUCAAAAAGCUGGCGCCAGCGGACGUGUUCGCAUUUGUGGGCGACAAGGUUAUCAAGACUGGUAGGCUGAAGGGUGCCAGUUUUGAGGCCAUGAUGAAAGAGCUGGAGGCAGCUAACAAAGAUGACUACAAACUCAUGGGCCACUGCUACUUGAUGUACCACCAUUUUAUUGAAACGAGCAGCCAGGCGAAAGGCCUCCAAGACUCCAACUUUGGAGUAAUCCACCAGCUAAACACUCUCUGUGCAGAUAUGCACCUUAGUGUUGCGCUAGCUGCCCUGGUUGAAAUUACAGAGUUUUCUAUAAACUUGAGAGGGAAAAUGAAAGUGUUCAAAAACUUCCCCACCGAGGACAACGGGGAAAGCAAAUUUCCGGAAAGUGAAUUGCGCAAACAAAUGCUGCGCACGUUGGCCUGUGUUGAGAAGGACAAGACCUGGGAUUUUGAAAAGAUCCUAGCCACCUUGAGAAAGGAGUGCAAAAACACCAAAUCUGCGAAACGACCCCUGCUGGAGUCAGGUAUUGACGGAAUUUUGAAGAAUUUGGAGUCGAGAAUCAAGAAAAUACUGCUGAAUAUGAUUGAGGACCAGAUGGGGCAGUUCAAGGGUCCUCCAAGGAUUCACCCUGAAAUGUCAACAGUCCAGUACAUCCUGCCUUGCUUUGUUGCUGAAAUCAUCCCCGUUUACAACUGCUCAAAUUUGCAGGAAAACCAGAAGAAGCAAUUCCUAAACGUAAUCCAUGAAUUGGUCAAGACGUACGAGAGAUGUGAAUUCUACGAGUGUCAUGAGAAACCUUUCGCUGCACUAAACCCAUCCAUGCGCAUUCUCUUAGUGCACCGUUCACACAUGCUUGCCAUUACCUUUCUUUGGGUAGAGCUGCGUAAAAAGCUUGCGGUAGCUGGCUUCUUUCCAGUACGUUUUGUGAAUUGCUUACAUAGUCUGGUGGAUUCUGUGGUGAAAAUAAAAGAUUACUACAACGAGAUCAGAGCUGAGAAUUUUUCCUGGCCAUUGCAGGUCUAUCUUCUUUUGUACAGAUUGAUGUCUGCUCUUGAGACAGUGUGUCCAGCGGAUUGCUUCACCACACUUGACCUCUCAGUUGAAAACAACCAUAAGUGCCUGCUGCUUGCAAAGAUGAUGGACAUUUUUCGCAUAAAGCUGCCAAAAAGUGUGACGGAACUCAUAGACCGCAUUCUGGUCGAGGCUUCAACGGCUAUAGGGCGUGCUUUCUGGAAUCACAACUUUCCUCUUUUACAAUUUGAACACGUCACCACUCAGCAGUUGAUCGGAGUCGUUCUGUUCAUGCUCAUGAGCAACCUGGACAAAGCCAGCGUCAAGGUAAAACCAGAGAUGUACGAGUAUCUGCAGCGCUUCACCCUGGACCCCGUCCAAAACACCUACUUCAACGUGGUGGAAGGCAAACUGUGGGAGGCCAAGAUGACGACCUCCAUGUGGCUCAGCUCAAGCGACGGAUCCAAGGACCUCUCCAUGGUCACUCUGGCGGAGGCUAAGGUUAAUCGGGACUGCUACAGAGAUGUGUUGGCCUCGCUCACCAAAGACGGGAAAGUUCCCAUGAAGAAGCCAGGACAAAUCAACUUCUGUCCGAUCCAGCACUGCAGAUGGUGUGGACAGGCGGACGGAGUCAAGGAUUUUCUGGUGUGCGACGAGUGCUCCAACAAUCCCGAGUACCCGGACAAGAAUUUCUUCUGCUCCAAAACCUGCCUGGAAGCAAUGCAGGAGCAGCAUAUUGAGGAGCAUGCUCAGUUCUGCCUCAUGAAGAUGGUUUUUUAGCCGUCAAAACACAGGAAAGCUGAGAGUACAAAAGCUACUUUAAUUUUAAUUAGUUUUGUAAGCGAUAGACUGAAAAAACUUUAAUGGGGUUGGAGCAAUAAUUAAAAAUCUGGUCUUUUGCAAUUCAUGCAAUUAAAAAAUACAACAUUAUAUUUUUAUAUAUUUUCUGCUGGUGCCAUAAUCGCUAACACCUCUAACAAUAGAAAUGAUAUUAACAAAGUGAGAUGAUUAAUCUAUUUGGGACCAUGAAACAUAUAUUUAUUUUUAAUUUUUAGCUUUAUAUAAAAUGCAAACCCUUGUUAUGUAUUUUACUUUUUACUAUUUUACCUGCUCAUUAUUAUAAUGCUCUUGUGAUUUUGACCUUGUCUGAAAGCUGGAAAUUGCUGAAGAGAGAAGAUUUAUAUUUUUAUAAAUUAACUAAUUCAUUGUAUUCUGAAAUAAAUGAUAAACUGAAUUAAAAUAACUUCUUUUAUGUGCAAAAAUUAUAAACGACGCUUUUAAUUUAAUUAACAACCAGAACCUUUUAUAAAAGGAAGUUCGAAGCAAAUAAGCAAUGCCACUUUUUUAGUCGUGAUUUGACAAACCAUGAAGUUUACCUAACAAGGGAACAUUUUUAGGUGCCUGACUGCGAUUUUGAUCAAAUUUGGCAUGUCAAUUAGGAUCCUGAAGUAGAGUCCAAAAUUAAAUUAUUAGCUGCUGAAAUGCAUUUUUCACCCUCAAAAAAAGGUUUAAAAUUUGCCAUUAAAAUAGAUGAUGACAUUAUUUAUUAUCUCAAAUUUGGUACGAA